AUGCCUCAACAAGAUAGUGAGCAGUUUGUCUCGUCACUGAACGCGAAACGCCUCACUUGCGUCUUGGUACAGCGUGGACUAAUACGAGUCCAGGUCUUCUUCAAGACGGCCCACUCCUUCGCCCUGGUCAACCUCAAACCUCUCCUCCAGGGCCACGUUCUCAUCUGUCCUUUGAAGCCUUACAAGCGCCUGACAGACCUCCUGCCGGUCGAGGUGACAGACCUCUUCACAACGACGCAGCUGGUCCAGAAAAUGCUGGCUCGCCGCUACUUUCCCUCUGCGUCGUCAUCGCCGGCGGCGCCAGAGGCAGGGUCUUUCAACAUCGCUGUGCAGGAUGGCGCGGACGCAGGGCAGACGGUACCGCACGUUCACGUGCACAUCAUUCCACGCAUCCCUGGUGAGACGGGCAAAGACGGGUCUGGGCCGAGAGAUGAGAUUUACGAGCAAAUGGCCGGCGAGGAGGGAAAUGUGGGCGGUGCGUUAUGGGAUAAGGAGCUAGGAAAGAGGCCAAAGGCCGGAGGGCAGUUUGCGACGAUCGAGGAUGCGAUGAGGAAGGCAAGGAGUAUGGAAGAGAUGGUAGAGGAAGCAAAGUCCUAUCGGGCUUUGUUGGAAGAGAUGGGCGCUGUCAGCGAGAAGUAG